AUGCAUCCAGCCGUCUCUGUCCCAGCAUUCAAUCCCUCUAACUUCCCUAUCCCAAUUCGGCGAGGAUACUCACGCGGCAAUUCCAAUAACUACACAACCGGCGGCAACAGUCCAGGCAAUUUCGGCACGUUUGGCAGUAACCCCACCCCUAGCCGUCGCGGCGCACCGUCGCUACCGGCCCGCCAGCUCGCGUCUUUCAACCCCCCCCGCGAAGGGAUAUACGAAGCGACCUACUCGAAUACCCGAGUCUAUGAACUCGAGGCCCCGAAUGGCGUAGGAGUAAUGCGGCGGAAAUCAGAUUCGUGGAUUAACGCUACGCAUAUAUUGAAAGCGGCGGGAAUGGAAAAGAGCCGGAGGACGAAGGUUUUGGAACGGGAGGUGCAUCAGGGUGAACAUGAGAAGAUUCAGGGCGGGUACGGGAAAUAUCAAGGAACUUGGAUUCCGUUAUAUCGGGCCCGCGAGGUUGCUGCGGACUACGGGCUGGCCGACGCGCUGCAUGAUCUCCUGGACAUACCAGAGUAA